AUGUCAAAGGACAACACUUCCAGCUUGACACCAGGAUUUUUCAUUUUAACUGGGAUCCCUGGGUUGGAAGCUGCACAUGUCUGGAUCUCCCUGCCAUUCUGCUUCAUGUACAUCAUUGCUGUUGUGGGAAACUGUGGGCUCAUCUACCUCAUCAGUCAUGAGGAAGCCCUGCACAGACCCAUGUACUAUUUUCUGGCCCUGCUCUCCUUCACAGAUGUCACCCUGUGCACUUCCACUGUACCCAAUAUGCUUUGUAUAUUCUGGUUUAACCUCAAGAAGAUUGACUUUAAUGCUUGCCUGGCCCAGAUGUUUUUUAUUCACAUGUUGACUGCAAUGGAGUCUGGGGUGCUCAUGCUCAUGGCUCUGGACCGUUAUGUGGCCAUCUGUUACCCCUUACGUUAUGCGACCAUCCUCACCAACCCUGUCAUUGCCAAGGCUGGUUUUGUAACCUUCUUGAGAAGUGUAACUCUCAUCAUCCCCUUCACUUUCCUCACAAAACGUCUGCCUUAUUGCAGGAGUAUUUUCAUCCCUCAUACCUACUGUGACCACAUGUCUGUGGCCAAGGUGUCCUGUGGCCAAGUCAAGGCCAAUGCUAUCUAUGGUCUUUUGGCAGCCCUCUUGAUAGGGGGAUUUGAUAUUUUCUGCAUUUCUCUUUCUUACACAAUGAUUCUGAGGGCAGUGGUGAGUUUAUCAUCUGCAGAUGCUCGUCACAAAGCCUUUAGCACAUGUACAUCACACAUAUGUGCUAUUGUCAUUACAUAUGUUCCAGCCUUAUUCACCAUAUUCACUCACCGUUUUGGGGGGCAAAAUAUUCCUCAUCAUAUACAUAUUAUUAUUGCCAAUCUCUAUUUAAUGUUGCCUCCCACUUUGAACCCCAUUGUUUAUGGUGUUAAGACCAAACAAAUUAGAGAAGGAGUGAUCAAGUUGUUCUUAAAGGAAAAAGACAUCUUACCUAUAAAAUAA